AAUUGUCACACUAUUUUUAACAAUUCAGAAUUUAUGCUCAAAAAAGUAUUCGUUUAAUUUUACUUUGUACAGAAAUAGCAAACCAACAGAAAUGGAGGCGUCAGAACCAGAAAACGCGUGCCCCGAUGACGCCGAGGCAUCCGCAAAGCCAGCAGAGACAAUGGCGACGGUGGAGACAGUGUCUAAGGAAAUUCAAGAUUCGACUUGCGAAGUGACUUCCACCACAACAAUCGAUGAUACAACCGCACCGGAUGGCCUUAACAAAACUGUUUCCGAGUCACCAGCAACUCAGGAGGAAACCAGUUCAUCGCGCUCAAGAAGCCGCACUCGCGAUGGCAGCGAGCCAACACGUUCGGGCAGUGGCUCGGAAAGAUCCCGCAGCGGAUCGAAGGCAUCGGCCACAAGCUCCCGCAGUCGCUCACGAUCGCGCAGCGGUUCUCGUCACUCUGGAGGAUCUCGACGGUCGCGAAGUGGCUCAAGACGCUCACGUAGUGGCUCCAGGCGUUCGGGCAGCGGCUCCCGUAGCAGAUCCGGCUCGAGACGCUCACGCAGUGGCUCGGCUCGCUCACGCAGCGGCUCAGGAUCUCGCAGUGGCUCUGGUUCGCGGCGAUCCCGCAGUGGAUCUGGCUCUGGACGUUCUCGCAGUGGCUCCAGACGCUCCCGCAGUGGCUCAAGACGUUCACGCAGCGGCUCGAAACGUUCCCGCAGUGGAUCUAGGCGCUCUCGUAGCGGAUCUGCCCGUUCUCGCAGUGGUUCUGGCUCGAGACGUUCACGCAGCGGCUCAAGACGUUCACGCAGUGGCUCUGCACGUUCUCGCAGUGGCUCCAGAAAAUCGCGCAGUGGCUCGAGAAAGUCCCGCAGUGGCUCGAGAAAGUCCCGCAGUCGAUCCAAGAGCGUUGGAUCACCAAAUAAAAAGCGAAAUGGCUCUCAAGACCGUUCACGGUCUGGCAGUGCCGGAUCCAUAGGUGCUUCAAGGCGCCGGCGACAGGCCAUCAGCGACUCAGAGGAUGAAGCACCCACAAUCGAAAAGAAACGUCCCAAGAUAACGGAUACAGACAAUGAGGAUGACGAUGAGACGCAGCCAAAUGCUUCCGCCACAGAAAAACCGCAAGACAAGAUUACGGAGAGUUCCGAUGAUGAAAAUAUACCCAUUUCAAAUGAACCAGACCACAACAAUUUUAUGUCAGACUUUGAUGCAAUGCUUCUCCGCAAGAAGGAAGAAAAGCGCGUGCGACGACGCAAGGGAGAUAUUGAUCUGAUUAAUGACAACGACGAUCUCAUGGAUCAAUUGAUUAUAAGCAUGAAAAAUGCCUCUGAUGAUGACAGGCAAUUGAACAUGAUCGGACAGCCGGCCACCAAGAAGAUAUCGAUGCUAAAGCAAGUGAUGUCCCAGCUGAUCAAAAAGGAUCUGCAAUUGGCCUUCUUGGAGCACAAUAUACUCAAUGUACUUACAGAUUGGCUGGCACCAUUGCCAAACAAAAGUCUGCCCUGCCUGCAAAUACGCGAGAGUAUUUUGCGUCUAUUAUCGGAUUUUCCCACGAUAGAGAAGGGCUUGCUGAAGCAGUCGGGGAUCGGCAAGGCUGUGAUGUACUUGUACAAGCAUCCCCAGGAAACCAAACAGAAUCGCGACCGUGCUGGUCGCCUGAUAUCCGAAUGGGCACGCCCCAUCUUCAACCUAAGCUGUAACUUCUCGGCCAUGAGCAAGGAGGAGCGCCAGGAACGUGAUCUGGCACAAAUGUCACGGCACAGAAACAAGAGUCCAGAGCCAAAUCAGGCGGCAUCCGAGGAAAGUCGCUCCCACGCACUCAGUCAGACAUUCUCCAGCGAGGACAAGCAGCUGCGUCCCGGUGAUCCCGGUUGGGUGGCCCGUGCACGCGUACCAAUGCCUUCCAACAAGGACUAUGUCAUACGUCCCAAGUCCACAGUAGAGGGCGAAGUAACUACGUCAACAAAGCGUAAGCCAAAUCGCUAUGAAAAGCACAUGAAACGUUUCCUCGACUCAAAGCGUUUAAAGGAGAGUCGCCGUGCCGUCGAAAUAUCCAUAGAAGGACGCAAAAUGGCGUUGUAAGAUGGAAUCCUACUCGUAGCUAAGUUUCAAUCUAAAAGAGAAAUCAUCCAAUCCAAACAUAGAACAAAAUUAAUAAUAUAAAUUAUAUUUUUGAAUAUAAUACGGAUGUAUUCCACGCCACCACCCCAUAAGCAAAUAGCCCAUCACCACACAAGCACUCGAACUCAAUCAAGUUACAUAAAAGAUAAUUACGAAGCAAAUGAAGAAUCAAUUAAUGAGUUGAAUUGUGAAAAAGAGAGAGACAGAAGACGACCGAGAGAUGGAUUGGUCGGUCUUAUACCAAUUGUACAUAUAUAAGUGUAUGUGUAUAUGUAUUGUUUACAUAUGUAUGUAUUCUGUUUAAGUGAGGAAUAAAUGUCUGUGCUUCAAUCGCAAAA